AAGCUCUGGGAAGGGAGUGGGGUCUAGUGGUGGGAGCAGGGAAGGCAGUGAGUCAGGACUCCUGGACUUUAGCCCCAGAUCUGUGAGAAGAGUGGGGUUGAGUGGAUAGAGCCAUGGGGAGGGCAGCUGGGAGCCAGGACUCCUGGGUUCUAUCCCUAGUUCUGCUCCUUACCCAAGGCCUGAGCUAACUGGACCUCUUGCCCUGGGGUAGCAUGGCGAGGAGGGAUACCGGGGUAGAUGGGCCCAUUGCUUUGAUCCAGCGCAGAGUGGGCUACGCAGCUGAUAACUGGCCUAUGGAGAGGAACUGAGGCAGGGAGCUGACUCCAAACAACCCCACACCAUCAUGCUGAGCAAGGAGAGGCUGUCGGCUGCAGCCCCCUCAGGCCAUGACGGCUCCUGGCUUCCUGCGGCAGGACUGCAGGAUGCUGAGGAAGAGGAGGAAGAGGAGGAAGAUGGACAGCCCCACCACCAGAGACUCGAUGGCCGAGUAGGCACGGGUCAGCUCUGGGGCGGAGGCCAGCACCCUAGGCGGGGUGACCAGGAACUGGCCCACCAGCUGCCCGCCCACGUAGCACUGGUAAUAGCCGGCAUCGGUGCCAUUCCAGGAGGAAAGCAGCAGGGUCCCGCCACCGGUCGCCUUGUCCAGGCCAAUGGAGCCGUUGCGCUGAUGAAGGUCCAGCCAGGCCCUGCCCACGGGAUGCAAGUCACGGUGCCGAACCCUUUCAACGUGGUGAUCCUCUUCCAGCCUGUUACCCUGCAGUGCAACUAUCAGACCUCAGCCACCCAGCUGCCCAUAGUCACCUGGAAGUAUAAGUCCUACUGCCGGAGCCGCCUGGCCGAUGCCUUCAACCCCAGCAGUCAGGAGAACCAGAUCAACAACCAGCUGCAGCAGAACAACCCCGGAUACAACCCCUAUGUGGAGUGCCAGGACAACACUCGCACAGUGCGGGUGGUGGCUACAAAGCAGGGCAACGCCGUGACACUGGGGGACUUCUAUCAGGGGCGUCGGAUCACCAUCACCAACAAUGCCGACCUCAGCAUUGACCAGACAGCCUGGGGCGACAGCGGCGUGUACUACUGCACCGUUACCUCUUCACAAGACCUGCAGGGCAACAACGAGGCCUACGCCGAGCUCGUCGUGCUGGGCAAAUCAUCUGAAGUCUCGGAGCUUUUACCAGGCUUUCAGAUAGGGCACAUGGAAGACUGGCUCUUCGUGGUCCUGGUGGUGCUGGGAUUCCUCCUCCUCUUCCUCCUCUUCGGCAUCUGCUGGUGCCAGUGCUGUCCCCACACCUGCUGCUGCUAUGUCCGGUGCCCCUGCUGCCCUGAGAGGUGCUGCUGCCCAGAAGCUCUCUACACCGCUGGAAAAGCUGCCACUGCCGGCGUCCCCAGUGUUUACGCUCAGAGUGUCGGUGCCCCCAGUAUCUACUCCCACCCAAACCCCGGGAAGCUAGGUCCUCCUGCCCCCAUGAUCCCCAUGGGCCCCAUGUACAACGGUUAUGGGGCAGAGUACGACAGAGCCAGCUCCGUUGGUGGGAACAGCUCCCAGGUGCCCCUGCUCCGGGAUACCGAUAGUGGUGGGAACUCAGCAGUGCGGAGCGGAUACCGGAUCCAGGCUAACCAGCAGGACGACUCCAUGCGGGUCCUUUAUUACAUGGAGAAGGAGCUGGCCAAUUUCGACCCUACACGGCCGGGCCAGGCCAAUGGCAAGCUGGAGAAAGUCUCAGUGAUGAGUGAGAUCAGCUCCCUCCACGAAGACGACCGGCGCCAGGAGCUGCGCCAGGGGCUGGGGCGGCUGCGGACCCGGCCCAUGUCACCCAUCAGUGACGUGGGGGAGGGGGAGAGCGGGCGGGGUAGUGAGGCCCGGCACCACCUCCUCCCCCCUCCCCGGCGGGGCGAGCGCUAUGAGGAGGAGCAUUACGCCCGGCGGCCCCGCUCCCACUCUGUGGAUGACCUGGACCGUGACUGGUCCCCACAGCCGGAGGGACGGGGCAGGGGGCGGGGCAGGCAGCGUCGGGACAGCUCCCCCGACUGGCGGGAGGAGGAGUACUACGGCCAGCGGCGCAGCCGCAGCAGGGACGACCUACGGGAGCUUGAUAGGGGCCACUACGACGGGCGGCUCCUGCAGGAGGUGCUGCGCAAGAAGGGGAGGGCCGGCAGCCGCGAGGACCUGGAUGGGGGCAGCGGGUCCAGCGCGCGAUCAGGGAACAGGAGGGACCGGGAUGAAGAUGGCUUCCCCCCACCGCCACCACCCUACACAGAAACAGAGUCGGUCUCCUCCCGGGGCAAGAAUGACCGCAAGCUCCGACGGAACCCCGACCUCAGCAGAGAGAGCUUGGUGGUUUAAAUGCAAUCCACUUUCCUUCCCGAUCGCUUUCCUAGAGCACCACCAGUGCAGGAGAUGGAGGCCAUGGAUCUGAGAAGGUCACGUCUUUCCUCGGAGGGCACACAGGACACUGGCUGGCCCGUUGCCACGAGGCUCAGCAAAGCAGUUGGGGCCUUGUCUACCUGGUGCUUUUAUUAUGAAUUGGAUCAACGUGCAGCCUGAGAUUUCUCAAGUCAGGCAAGGGACAGGGGCUCCUGAUUGCCACGGAAAAGCAGGGCGUUACUGGGGAAAUCUGGAGCCCUUGUUGGGGAAGAGGGUGUCUCUAAAUUUUAGCCUUAAUUUUAACAUAGCAUUUGGUUGAAAUAUUUGGGCCAGCUCCUCAACUGGUAUAAAUUGAUCUCAGUUGAGCGACGUCUGCUUGACACCAGCUGGAGACCUGGCCUAUUAUUUUGGCUCCAAUUCCCAGCUGGUCCACAGAACUGUAAAUUUUUUCCCUGGAUGUUUUUAAAUAUUUUGAAGCUUUUUUAAGACUAACUUUUUUCAAAGCUGUCUUAAAAUUACAUAUGUUUUUUAGCAGAGUUGUGGAAUCCCAGGUGCUGUACAUACUUUUGCAAAAAGCUGGACCGUUUUUUUUAUCGGUAGGCUUUUGAGAUUUUUCUGAUUGUUGUAGAAAAUAAAAAAUU